UUUAUUCGAAAAAAAUAAAUAAAUAUAUUUAUAUUUAAUAUUAAAUUGAAAUUGAAAUUAGUUUUUUAUGUUAUUGACAAAUUGUUCCAAAAUUUAAAUAAUGUGUUAAGGAGGAAAAGAUGCAUUAUGCCGAAAUAAUUCUAUUUUAUUCAUUAUCGGCUUUAUACCAUAUCAUAACGGUGGUCGGGAUAGCAGACUUUACAACCAAGACCCUAAAAACAUUUGUGGAAACGACAUGCGAAAAUCAAAGCCUUUAUAUUCAUUGUCCAUUGAAUACAAGUAUCAUCAUCACCUCGGCUAUAUAUGGGCGUCCCAACAAAUACACUUACAGUAGCAUGAUGUUACAACAAGGUAAUUUGGAUGGGGAAAAGAUGGAUCCGGAUAAAAUUUGUAAAUCCUCCGCAUUCAAUCUGAGCGCCAUAGUUAAACCCAAAUCGAAAAUAUGCCUCUCGCCAUAUUCUAUGCAAAAAGUGGUGGAUGUUUGCCAAGAUAAACCAGAAUGUCAAGUAUUUGCUAGCAACAAGGUGUUUAAGGAUCCUUGCCCUAACGUUUUAAAAUACUUACAAGUCUCUUACAAAUGCCAACCUAGUGAAUUUGUUAACAAAGUAACUUGCGAAAAUGAAGAACUCAACAUCGAAUGCGAUAAAAAUCAAAAAAUCAUCAUAUUCUUGGCUUCCUAUGGUAUACAAAACGGAGGUAACUUGAUGUGUUCCAAAUUGCUGACCGAUAAACACUUUAAUUGCGAAGCCAAUAGUUCGACAGAAAUCCUAAUUUCACAAUGUUACGGGCACAGGUUCUGUAAGGUUAUGAUCGACGAUAAAACAUUCGGCAAUCCUUGUUCUGGGAUCGCAAAAUCGUAUAAAAAAUACAUCCACGUAGUAUAUUCUUGCGUUCAUAAAAAGAUACUCAUGGAAAAUUACAUAUAUAAACAGUCGUCAAUAGCAGCUAACACUACACAAUUCAAGGAUAAUAUGAUCCUCUCGAACAUUUCUAGAUUAUACAACACAACAAUCGCGUUUAGCAAAUCCUACAAAUUUAACAAGACCAAAGAUUUCUUCAUGAUCAACCUCUUCGGAUCCUAUUUGUUAGCUAAAAGCAACAAGGACAAAUUUUUAUUGUAUUUUUCUCUGGGCCUUUGUCUGGGACUCUUUCUCUUGCUCAUAUACUUACUAACCCGCGUUUUCGACCAAAAACUUUUCCCUCUUUACGUCCUUUUUAAGGUGUGUUGUGGUUGUUGUUCCAAAGGCUCCUCCAAAAAUUCCAAAACAUAUCAAAAGGCCUCUAAAUCGAUUUCCUUCAACGUAUUCAAAAAUGGCGGCAAAAAAUCUUUCAGCAAUUCUAGUGAGACUUCCGAUAAAUCUAGGCUCAAACAAGCUACGAUUACCAAAAAAUAUACCAACAUAAGCAACCUUAGGUACAACCCAAGGGGUGAAGACUCUUCCGCCAUUCGUUACAAUAAAUUCGACCACAAUUACGAUAGUUUUAACAAGUUUAAACCCUUUUUCCACCCUGAAAAUUUUGACGCAGCUUUAUCCUCCACUAGCGAAUUUUAA